UAGAAUAGGUUUGAAGCAUCUCAAUCGUUGAUGUCUCUUAAUAAAAUAUCUAAGAUCAAAACAAUUAGGAAGCCGUACUCAUCGUUCUUUAUUAUUUAAAUAUCAUAAACCCAACGGCAAUGAUGGUCCUACAUGCCGAGAAUUAAAAUAUCAUAUCGCCUUUUGGAUUGUUUCCUUAUUUAAAGUCUAAAACCUAUUCAACUCAAAUCAGAAGAGAACAACACGGUACAGAGAAAGACAGUGAGAAGACUCUGUAAACGAUCCCGAAGGGUUUGAAUCAUGGAUGCUUUUGAUGCGAUUCCUGAUCCUGUGGUCAUCGACAUUCUGAACAAAGUCCGUGACGUCAAAACGCUGAUACGAUGUCGUUCCGUCUCGAAACGAUUCAACUCGCUGGCCACUGAGUCAGGCUCGCUCCUUCUCCAACUCGAUCAGAUCGGAGAAUCCGACUCCGAGAAAGAUUCAACGAUCACCAGCUUCUUCCGUUCACUGUUCAAAUCUGUCAACGGUCUCUUCCCAAUCUUCUCCAAACCCGCUAAACCGGCCAGAAUCCUGACUCCGGUUCAGAUUCUCGCCGGGUUUAACCGGAUCCGGAACCUGGAUGUGGAGUUUUACGGCGGAGAUUUCAAGCUGGAGAAAGGCGCUGCCGUUAAGUGGAAGGCGGAGUUCGGGGAGAGUCUCAAGAGCUGCGUCAUCGUCGCAUUCCGUUCAGCGACGGUGAACACUUCAGCAAUCGACGGCGACGCGGAGACCGAUUCAGAGUUCGUCUCUGGUUUAAAGACGCGCGUGGUGUGGACGAUCAGCGCGUUGAUGGCGGCGUCCACGCGCCACUACCAGAUGAGAGAUUUGGUGAAGGAGCACAAGGAGAUGGAGACGUUGACCGUGCGCGACAGAGAUGGGGAAGGUGCGGUGGUGAUGGAUGCGGCGGGGAUGAAAGAAUACAGAGAGACGGAGGCGCGUGGGGAUGAGAAAGUGUCGCGGGAACGCACGGUGGUUCCUAACGUGAGGAUGAGUAUGAGAAACGCGCCGUCGCUGAAGCUGGAGAGCGGGAUUUGUUUAGAAGCGGCGACGCUCGUUGUCGUAAGGCAGAGUGGUGUGGCUUCCGAUGGCGAUGAUGCUGAGCUGGCGACGGGGGCGUUCGGUGAUUGUAUGUACGGAGAAGCCGUUGCGGCUUUGCUCAAGCGUAGGAGAAAUGUGUUAGAGAUGAAUUCUUUUUAGCUUAAUGGGCUUUCGUUUAUCCGGCCUUUUAAUGUAUAUUGUAACACACCGUACAAACCCAUCUGUACUCGCUGUGGCGUACGAUCAAAUUAUUACACUGAUAGAAUAUGAUUGUCACAUUAAAUGCGUCUCAGUAGAGUCCAAUCAUAGACAAUGGUUUACAUAGAAUCAACGCAAGCAAUUAAUAAUCACGCAGAUUGCGAUGAGAGUCGAGAUUCAAAGUAUAUUGGAUCCGGUUUAACCCCAUUAAGGACCGUUAGAAACGGUACACGAGGAAAAAUAAUUUAAAUUACAUAUUUUUCAAUUUUUGAAGUUAAGUGAGCUGUAGUUCGACUUUUCAAUAUCCUUAUCGAACUUUCGUGAACAGUAAAUGUGUAUAUAAUUAAUUGAACUGUUAUCAUAGAAUCAACGCAAGCAAUUAAGGAUGUGAUUGGUUUUUCCGCUAUCAUCCGCAAAAGAAACUUUUGCGGUUGGUAACGAUUGACAGCAUUUCGAAACACAUACAAAUCGGUACAAAUCAUUUCAAACCGUUCCGAACCUCUUAAAAUCAAAAGCUGAAAAUUCAGCUAGCGUUUACGGUUGCAGACGGUUGCAGGAGUAACUUUUUUUCUUUAAAAAAAAAUUUAUAAAUACAAAAAUAAAAAUAUUCAAUAAAAAUUUAAAAUUAUAAAAAUAUUAAAAUAUAUCUAUUAUAUUUUAAUUACUAUUAUAAAAUUUUAAAAUAAAAAUAAUUUCUAUAAUUUUAAAAAAUUUAAAAUUAUAACUUUCUAAAUAUAAUUUUCAUAUUUAUCAUAAUAUUAUGAUUUUUCAUAUUUUAUAAUUAGAUAAAAUGUAAAUAUUGUUAGUUUAUUAUUUAACUGCUGCUGUAUUUGAUAGUUAAUCAGUUAUAAGUAUCGUACAAAUGCACCAAUUUCUAACCACAGAACCUAUCGUACAAAUCUUUUAAAAAUCGCUAGAAACUGCAACCAUUCGCAUCUGCAAACUUUCAUAACCGGUGCGUUUGAACCAGUCAGGUCCUAGUAAUCAUGCAGAUUGCGACGAGAGCCGAGAGUCAAAGUAUAUUGGAUGCGGUUUAACCCCAUUAAGGCCCGUUAGAAACGGUACACGAGGGAAAAUAAUUUAAAUUACUUAUUUGUCAAUAUCCUUAGGGAUAAUUAUACUUUAUUUUUAACCUUUUGAGCUUUCGUGAACAAUAAAUGUGUAUAUAAUUAAUUGAACUGUUAUCAUAACAAUAAAUAUGUUCAUUAAUA